AAGUAUAUUUCCUUCCUUUAUUUUCGUUAUUUACUUUUACGAUAAAAUAAAAUAAUAGUGAAAGAUUUGAAUUCAGUGUUUAAGAGUGCAGCGUUCGAAGACGUAUUAAAACUAGUUAAAGAAAGAGAAAGAGAGAGGGAGAGAGAGAGAGAGAGAAGGAAUCAACGAGAGAAUGCAGUAUCGUGAAGGUCGAGUGAGUGACAGAUGGCACGCGAAGGUAGUACCAGGAGAUUGUGAGAGUUCGUGCUUGCGCACCGAUGCAACGAGGAAGGCGGUUCUUUGAGUCGAUGCUGCGUGUCGUAUUCAGAAGCUCGGCCGCGCCUUAAGCGUUUACAAUGACGUUGAUAUCGCGAGGAUAAGAAAAAAAGAAGCAAGAAAAAAGGGUACGGUAAGAGGAAUUAAGAACGUUGUUAGUGUGUAGUAUGUGCGAAUUCGACGCGAGAAGAAACGAAAGAAGAAGAAGAAGACGAAGAAGACGAAGGGGUAAACUCGAGAGGGGUCUCCUCCUCUCGUGUAGGUAGUAGUAGGUCUGUGGACAUACCGAUCGAGUGAGUGAGAUAGAUACAGAGAGAGAGAGGGGAAAAGAUAGAGAGAGGCCAGUUAGUCUGACUGACCCAGAUUUUCGUGGUUCGGACGAGACGAGGGAAAAGAAAAGACAGCAGGAGGAGACGCGGACUAUCUGAAAUGGGCCACGACGCAGCCUGGAGCUAAAUUAGCCGCGAUGUCCAAUAAGAGUAAGACUCAGCCGCAGCAGCAGCAGCGUCCAUCGCACGUGAUCAAGCCAGUGGAUCAGGUGCCACCGCGGUAUCAACCGCCGCCGCAACCUACCAGCGGCAUCCUGAAGAAUCAUCCACACUUUAGCAGUACCACUACAGUACCACCACCACCACUAUCGACAGUCAACACGGUACUUCAAAACACCGGUCAGGGUACGGCCUCGACCUUGACUCAUCAUCAUCAUCAUCAUCACCAUCAGCAACAUCAGCAGACGACGCAAGCAAGAAACGCGUCUCAGCAGAAGGAUGCCCAAGGCAAAUACUCGCCAAGGAUAGAACACAGGCAUCAUCCACAAGGUGCUGCUGCUACUGCUAAUCUCUUAACGGGUGCAGCCUCGACCACGGCUUCUGCCAAAAGUCAGGCUUAUCUUCAAACUAAGAUCGGACAAGGACAAUAUCUCCCACCUAACAGUCAGUAUCCUACCAUCAGUAGCAGUAGUAGUGCUAGCAAUCAACCUGUACCGAGCAGACAGAGGAUCACCGACGAGGAGUUCCUUAGACUCGGUCCUGUGGAGAUGCUCAAGUUUGUACGAAAGACAGAGAGUGACAUCGCACGGCUAGCUGCCGAGCAAAAUCGUCAAAUACAAAGCUUGCUCAGUGAGCUUCGUGCGCUGAAGGAGGCCAACCAAAGACUCAGCGACGACAAUCAGGAGUUACGCGAUCUUUGCUGUUUCCUGGACGAUGACCGGCAAAAGGGUCGGAAGCUGGCAAGAGAAUGGCAAAGAUUUGGUAGGUACACAGCCAGCGUUAUGCGACAGGAAGUAUCAGCUUACCAGAAUAAAUUGCGGCAACUGGACAACAAGCAGCAGGAGUUGAUAAAGGAUAAUCUGGAACUGAAGGAGCUCUGCCUGUAUUUGGACGAGGAACGAGGAGGGGUUCAGAGGGACGACGGGGAUGGAUCGAGUUCGAGUACGAAUGCGGAGGAAACCGCACCACCGAGGCCGAGACACACUUCUACAUUUAACGACCAAACUAUGCAAUAUGUAAGAAGUUUGGAGCAACGUGUUAAACAGUUGGAGGAAGACAAAAGUGUUCUACAGGCAAGAGCUAGAGGAUGGGAAGCAUUGCCAGGUGAAGUCUGGGAAAAUCCAAACAGUCCAAGUGACAAUUCUCAUAUUGGAAGUAGACCUGAGGCUGUCGUACGAGCUCUUCAAGUUCUCGAAGUUAGAGAACAGUUGGAAAGAGAAGGUGGACAUGACGGCGAGAAGGCUCUAGUUCGAGAGAUGUGUAAUGUUGUAUGGCGUAAGUUGGAAGAAGGGCCACAAACAAGGCAUUAGAAAAGGUUCUAAAAGUGCAAAUUUAUCGAUUACGAUAUUAGAAAUAUUUUUACGCAAUAUUCCAACGCCUAUGGCGUGUCAAUAGUAUUAUAAUAGUUAAUAUGGCCAAUGUGUUAUGUAUUUUAUAGAUUUAUAUAUAUAUAUAUAUAUAUAUAUUAUAUAUGAUGAUGUAUAUGUUUACAUAUGGAUUCGUUCCAAGUGAAAGCGUUGUAUUAUUAUAGCGAUAAUAUCGAUCUAUUUAUGUAAAACUUGUAGUGCCGUUGGCUUGCCUAGAUCGACUGUUAAUAAACUCUAUUUUUAUUAA